CCUUUCUUCACCUUGAAGGAGAGCAAAAUGGAUCCUGGUUGUUAACUCCCCAGCUCCUCAGCCUUGAGAGAGUGAGAAAAAGUUCAACGUUUCUUAUGGUGGGAGUGAGGGAACUGGGACUGGUUCACAGCAGGCUUACAUAUUAAACUAUCGUAUCAAAGGCGAGCCGCGGUCUGACAAGAAGUGUAACCUGAGGAGAAAGGACGCUGGUGCGUUUGAGCACGCUGAGGGAUUCCUGCCUGACCCGUCACUCUUUCAGUGCUGUAGCCUGAGCAGGUCUUACUGGUUUUUUACCGAGGUGGUGGGAGCUGAAUGGGGUGUGGGCUCGUUUCUAGUCGUCCACAGACAUCUCCGCAAUCUUCUCUUCUCUUCUUUAAUUCUGCCCUGGAUAUAAAUUGGAGAAAUAGUGUUCGUCAAGUUUGCUGGCACCCGGGCUCAACCGAGCUGAGUCAGUUGUGGAGGAUACCCUUACUGCAACCCUCUGGACGUGCUCCUAGGAGGAGAAGAAGCUAAAGCAGUUUGGCAUCAUUGCUGUAGCUUGAGGAAAAAAAACAUUUCUUUUGACUUUGAAGAGAGCUGCCAAGAGGAUCUGUGGGAUGUCCUGAUCUUCCCCUGUUUGCCCUGCUGAGCAUGGGGUAACGGUGUUUGACCAUGGUGGUCACUCAGUUACAAUUGGAACUAUGCUUCCAUGGCAGGAAGCUGAGAGGUUUUACCUGCAAGUUGACCAGGUCAGCCAGUGGAUUUCUCCCAGAGACUUCAUUCUCCAUUGCCUCCCAGGUUUUUGUGCCGUUCCUUCUGGCUGGCUUGGGCAUGGUAGCUGCUGGCCUCUUGAUGGAUGUUGUUCAACACUGGGAUGUGUUUCGGACAAUUACAGAAGUUUUUAUCCUGGUUCCUGCCUUGGUGGGCCUGAAGGGUAAUCUUGAGAUGACACUGGCUUCCAGGCUCUCUACUGCUGCUAACACUGGACAGAUGGACGAUGCCCAGAAGCAAUGGAAAAUGGCCACCUGCAAUUUAGCCCUUAUCCAGGUCCAGGCCACCGUGGUGGGACUUCUGGCUGCCAUUGCUGCUGUGAUCUUGGGAGCCAUCUCCAAGGGCUCUGUGGAGCUGAGCCAGGCUGCUGUGCUGUGUGCCAGCAGUGUGACCACAGCCUUCAUAGCUGCACUUUCUCUUGGUCUGGUGAUGAUUGGCGUGAUCAUCGGAGCAAGAAAAGUUGGGAUCAAUCCAGACAACGUCGCCACCCCCAUUGCAGCAAGCCUUGGAGACUUGAUAACCCUUUCCCUGCUGGCAGGCAUCAGCAGUACACUCUUCAAAUACAUAGAUAUCAAAUACCUUUCUCCUCUGAUCUGUGCUGUCUUCAUCAUCAUGAUCCCUCUCUGGGUCGCUAUUGCCAAGCAGAGCCCUUCCCUUGCUGAAGUCCUGAAGUCGGGGUGGCAGCCGGUCAUCGUUGCCAUGAGCAUCAGCAGCAUUGGUGGGCUCAUCUUGGACAAAACUGUAACUGACCCAAAGUUUGAAGGCAUGGCAGUUUUCACACCUGUGAUUAAUGGUGUUGGAGGGAAUCUGGUCGCCAUCCAGGCCAGCCGUAUUUCCACAUUCCUGCACUUCUGGAGCAUGCCUGGAGUUUUGCCGUACAAGAUGAGGCAGAAUUGGCCCAAUCCAUGCACCACAUUCUUCUCAUCAGAGGUGAAUUCCAAGUCAGCCCGUGUCCUGUUCCUCCUGGUUAUCCCAGGGCACCUUGUGUUCCUCUACACCAUCCAUCUGCUGCAGGGAGGCCACACGUCUCUGUCCUUCACCUUUGUGAUGUUCUAUCUGACUGCUGCUUUGCUACAGGUGGGAAUCCUGCUCUACGUGGCUGACCUGAUUGUGCGCCUGAUGUGGAGGAAGGCACUGGAUCCGGAUAACUUCUCCAUCCCCUACCUCACUGCCCUGGGCGACCUCCUGGGCACUGGCUUCCUGGCCGUCUGUUUCCGCCUCGUUUGGCUCGUCCACGGUGCAGACGUGACCCCGGGGAACUGAGAGACCACUCGCUGCUCCGCAAGACUCGUGAGACACGGUGCUUUCCUCUGGGACAACGGGGUACUCAGCGGUGAGCGCUGGCUCACCCGGCUGGGUUAGGCCUCCCCUGCCACCCAGCCCCAUCUCUCCUCCCCAUCGUGCCUUACAGCUGGGCUCGCUCACCACAAGGAAUCAGCACCCACAGACUUGUGCCCUCUCAAGGGGGCAAGCAGGUUUGAAGCAGCACCCUCUGCUCACGCCCGUGCCCGGUAAACAAGGCGUGAAGGAGAAUUGGGGCCACUGGUAAGAAAAGUGCAUUUUGAUGGGUUUCAGUCUCUGGCACAGGUAUGGCCCGAGAGGUCGCUGCGUCCCAUCCUGCCAGGGGAUGUUGCAACCUCUCCAUUCAACUCUGGCUUUCCAUCAAGGGAAAUUCUUUAUUUGCCCCUCUUUUCUCUCCCAUCACAUCCCUGGAGGAGGAGAGCAUCCAGGUCUUUAAACCUGCCUCCUCUCCAUUGCUCAGCUGCUCGGGAUCUGAUGCAGUGAGCUCCUCUCUGGCUCAUGCCCAGCAGGAGGUUAUCUAGGGAUACCACCUACCUGCCCUGGCAGCGUCACUGUUGUCUGACCAACAAGGCAGACUGAUUGCUUUUUGGGGGUGGAAAGGUUUGUUUUUACUGUUCGUAAAAUGUCCAGUAGUUAAAAUGUUUAUAGGAACACACACACAAAUA